AUGAGCGUGAGUAACUUGCCUCAAUUGAAAAUGCCUGAUGGCAAGCCAGCAGCUGCUUUAAGCACGGGCCUGAUGAUCUUUAUGUUCCUGUUGUACGUUGCCAAUUUCGUGUUCAACAUCAAUGGGCACAUAAGUCUCAGACCGGACGCUUUAUUCAAGCUCAACUUAAACAGCAUUUCCUUGUACCCGUUAGGCCAUCUGUCGUUCGUGCAUCUUUUGAUGAACUCGAUCUCGCUAUAUGGACCUCUAACGAUCUUCGAGAGAAGCCACGGUACCGUUCACACCGGCGUUAUUCUCAAUCUUUUGGCGGUUUUCACUGCGAUCCCAUAUUGCCUACUGGGCUCACUUUUCUUCUCGAAAACGGAAGUCAUCGGAAGUAGUGGGUGGUGUUUUUCGCUGCUGGCGUAUUUCAGCUUCAAGGAAUCGAUAAUACGCCCUAGGCAACAGAUUUUCAACAACUACUCGCUUCCAACUCGCUACGUCCCGCUAGCGAUACUGCUGUUGGUGACAAUUUUUUUCCCCGGGUCUAGUUUCUGGGGUCACUCCAUUGGUCUGUGCUGGGGCUACGUGCUGGGGUCGCAGGAGGUGCAUGCAGCCAAGUUGCUCCCGCCAAGCUCAUUGAUCCAAAAGAUUGAGGGCAAACUGGACCGUGCUAUUGCGGCAAUCCCCUUGGGUGUCAAGUUCUACAGAGAAGCUGAAGCUAACAGAGCAGAUUCGUAUACUUCUCUUUUUGGCGAGGACAGUGUUCUUCCGCUGCACUCAACCCCAUUGAACACCGCUUUUCAAGGCGAGGGACGUCCUUUGGGCGUUUGA